AUGGACUCCGCCCUCCUCCAGUCUCUCGACCCGUUCCUCGAGCCCGCCCGGCUCUGCCAGGCCUUCUUCGUGCUGGGCGCGGCCGCCGUGCUGGCCGUGGCCGCCACGCCGGCCUCGGCACGGGGGCUCCUGACGCAGUACGGCGCGCGGGAUUCUGCGGGCUCGAAGGACGAUGGCAACGAGGGCUCCGAGCCUGACUCUUUCACAAGGUUCAUCAGGUGGAUCACGUCCGUGGGCAAGGUGCCGCACUCCUGGUUCGUCCACUUCUACAUCCUGUCUGUCUCCAGCUCGGUCUUCUGGGCAGCACAGUACCUGUGCCGCGGUAGCAUCAUGGAGGGUAUGGCCCGCUACCAGACGGCUCGAGGCUCGACAUCUAUGACUGUCAACCAGGUUAUACUAGUGUGGUUCUUGAUGGCCAUGCAGGGAACCCGACGUCUGUACGAGUGUCUCUUUGUUAUGCGAGCUUCAUCAUCAGGCAUGUGGAUUGUGCAUUGGGCACUCGGCUGUGCAUACUAUCUAUGUAUAGGCAUUUCCGUCUGGAUUGAAGGAUCCGCGGCACCGCCGGGUCAAGUCUACAAUCGGACACUCCUUUGCGGAGUCCUGUUCGUGGCAAUCAACCUUGGCGUCACUGCCGACGGCACCAAGAAAUGGUACGCCAGCAAAUUUGGUGAGGUCAAGGUCCGUGGCAAAUGGAAGAUGGUCCCCUUUGUGUACUGA